UCAGUUUUCCAUUGCUUUGACGAAAGAUGGCCAAGUUUAUUCAUGGGGAAAAGGUGACAGCCAGAGACUUGGACACGGACCAGAGGGACAUGUUCGUUAUCCAAAACUCUUAGAAGGCUCGCAAGGGAAGAAGGUGAUUGAUGUGGCUGCUGGCUCCACCCACUGCCUGGCUCUGACUGAGGACAGCGAGGUCCACAGCUGGGGGAGCGACGACCAGUGCCAGCACUUUGACACCUUGUGCGUGACCAAGCCAGAACCUGCAGCAUUGCCCGGACUGCACACCAAACACACAGUGGGAAUUGCCUGUGGGCCUGCCCAGAGCUUUGCUUGGUCAUCGUGUUCUGAGUGGUCCAUUGGACUCUGUGUCCCUUUUGUGGUGGACAUUUGCUCAGUGACUUUUGAGCAGCUGGAUCUCCUGCUGCGGCAGGUGAGGGAGGGGAUGGACGGCUCCGCGGACUGGCCCCCGCCCCAGGAGAAAGAGUGCGUGGCUGGGCAACGCCGAAGCUUCUACGACUUCAGGUGUUCACGAGUUCCCUUCUUCUUGCUCCUUUUAUAAGUGUCUUAGGGAUUUGUAAGAAGGUUUAUGUAUUUUGAAGGGCAUGGGUUUUAGCCUAUUCGGGGAAGUAUUAGGAUUGUAAUGCGCUCAUAAUGGAUGCGAGGCUGAAAAAACUUGAUCUGGUGAUUUUAUGUUUGUGCUGGAAGUCAGCCUCGGCACGCAGGAAGAGGUGCAUGGAUUGUGCUAUUUUUGCUAUGAUGAGUGUGUCAGCAUUCUUCCUGUUUUACUGUUGUUGUGUGUGGAGAAGUGACUGGGUGAGAUCACAGGUGACGGGGGGAGGCGGUGCUCAGCUGAGAGACCAGUGUUGGCCCCUCUCUCCUCUGUGCUGUGAAAACCCUGCUCCAGGAGUGUCCAGUCUUGGUUUCCCUGGGCCAUGCUGGAAGAAUUGUCUUGGACUACACAUAAAAUACACUAACGA